CUUUCUCGCCUCCUCUUUACGUUACUUUAUGUAUGCGCGCUAGUAUGUAGGUUUGUGUAUGCGUGCACAAGCUCAAGUCUGGCCCAAGCCCUCUCCCCACUCCCUGAAGAACCAGUCGAUGUUCCCACUCCGGGUGUCUCGCCGUGCCCCGUCGCGAGGCCCAACUUGGUCCCCACCUAGCGAACGAAACUGCAUGAGUAAGUGUCAGAGGCACUCAGUACAGUUACUGACGGCCCGUACCGUGAACGAUCGCCGUCGUCGACCGUUGUCACCGUGUCGUUGUGUCGUCGUCGAACAGAAUCGGAUUCUACCAUGCGCUGCUCUUGAUAAACGUAUGCGAAAUUAGAAAAUAGUAAUUUUCCGCGAAGAAAGGGAGCGAAAGAGAGGAACAAGCGAAAACAGAGAGAAGAGAAAGCAAAGGAUCGUUCGGUUGAUGACCAGGUGUCGUCUCGUCGACGAAGUGACAGUGCCUUCGAAUGUGUAUAUGGACGAGAUCGUCACGAUGACCGUUCCACCGACACUGCCGGCGAAGACUCAGCCCCGGGACGCGAGUCAAGUUGCCCGACAGACUGUGUCAAUCCGAACUGUUUCCAGUCCCCCCACAGCUCCUUUGAGCACAGGGGCCGGAGCAACGGUAUUUGUCGGACUGGCCGCUCCUGACGUCGAUUCCGCGGCAGCCUGUAGGAGAAGAAUCCCGGAAGUACAAGCCGCGAACGGCUACGGUAAGCAGAGCAGCGUGAAGUCCGUUCAGAACACGCAGAACCAGCAACAACUGCACCACGGGCAACAGCAAUACCAUCAACAGCAGCAGGCGGCUCAUGUGGUGAAGAUCAAGAUCAACCCGGAUGGUGAUAAGAACGGAAGGGUGAUAUCGACAGUACGAUUGACACUGGACGAGAAUAUCACCCACGAAGCCGAGCAGGAGAACGGGAUCGCGUGCGAACGUUCGAGCAAGCGUGACGGUGGUGUGGUCGUGAGUGCGACGAAUCUGGUGAACGAGCAGCGUUGUGGAAGUGUCGGUGCCGGUGACGGCUGUGUGAGGAUCAGUGUUGGCUCGAACGCCUUCGAACGCAACAAUAACAUCAAGGAUAAGCGUCAUCGGAACGACGACAGCUCGGAGAAAGAGAUGGUUCAUCGUGAAACAUCGGAGCCUUUGAAUACGUCCUCUCCGAACAAUCGUUCGGGCUCUUGCUUUUACUAUAAUUCGUAUCCCAGUCAGUUGAACGGGAUGGUGAUGUCCAGUGGACAGUGUUCACCGAGUGACACCUUGGACAGCGGGACCUGUAGCGACCUGGAUGGCACACCUCCGCCUCUUCCUAAGAAAAAGAACGCCAGUACGGUUAUCCUGGCGAGUGAUCAACACAAUCGUACGGGUAGUCUGACCAGCAGUGGAGCAGAAGUUGACAGUGACGACAACGAGAGCAGUAUCAGCUGCGAUUCUUUAAACGGUGGCGAGUUGAGCGACAGAAUAAUCGAUGGUGGUAUCAAUGGAAAUGGUGUCGAGGCUGAUCGAGCAUCCCUAGAAUUCCAAGAACACUCGGAGAACGAUCGUUUGAAGAACGGAGUGGAUCGUCAAAAAUAUAGAGACAUGAACGAUACUAUCGUGAGUCUAAACAGACUAGACCUGUCGAACGGCCAGGAAGAACGAACGAACGAAGAAUCCACGCCAACUGCAUCGACUCCGGAAGUCCACUCAAAUUCUUGCUCGUCCAGAGCUUCUCCUAGCGUUUCUCCCUCACCUUCUGGUACUUCCUCUUUAUCAAAAGCCUCUUCCACUCCAAGGAUCAGGAGCCCUGAUCCGAACAUAGAACAAAAUGGCAGGUUAUCGUCGCCAGUGGUGAAAGAAUGCACUUACGAGGAGAGGAAGCAGGAACAGGAGAGGUUAGAGCAGGAGUCGGUUGCCGGCGACAUCGACACCAGCAUAAAUCCUCUGACUGGGAAGAAGUACGUGUACGAGUACGACAGGUUCUACAAGUUUCACGUGAACGAAUUGAAGGGCAACAAUAAAGACACUAGCAGGGGAGUGGUGUUAGGCGAUAAGGACACCGACGAAUGUUUCGCUGGUUAUAAGAUCCUCGAGAAGGAAGCCAUACGCAGUGCCAAGGGAACUGUCCGCGGUGUCAAAAACAGGGUGCGCGCAGGAAUCGCGACAUUCCUUCAAAAACCAUCCUCUCAGGCGUAUAUAAAGAAGGAACUGGGUAAAGUGGUGGUGUACACAACGACCUCCGGUAUCGUGAGGAAAACGUUUUACAACUGCAAGAAGGUGAAGCAAAUUCUGAGGACGCAUAUGGUCAAAUACGACGAGUUGGACCUGUUUGGCGACGCAGAGUUACAGACCGAAUUGAGAGAUCGUUUGGGCUCCACGGUGAUACAAUUGCCGCAGCUUUUCAUUGAUGGACAACACAUCGGGGGAUUCGACACCGUAGAGCGACUCAACGAAUCUGGAGAGCUGAGAGAAAUGCUUAAGCCUUACCAGAGCGAAGACGCAUGCACAGUGUGUCUAUUCUGCGGUGGUUACCAGUGGCAGCUGUGCCCGGUUUGCAAUGGCAGCAAGAGGUCUGUUCAUCGCAACGACUUCACCGCGGAAUUCGUCGCCCUGAAGUGUGCGAAAUGCGAUGUGAACGGUCUGAUUCGCUGUCCCCAUUGCUGAGGCGUCAAAACGGAAGAAGAAAACGGCGAGCACGUGCUCGAAACGACAUCGUAUCCCCGAUACUGGCAUCGAAUCGCUAGCGUUACACGUUCCCCUAUCUAAGACUAAGGUGCUACAAGAAGUAUAUUGCAUGUUAAACACGUUAUGGAGAAGUUCUUGCUGUCGUGUCGCGAACAACGAACAGAUCUAUUGUACGAUCAGUCGCAUAUCAAACGAUCGCCGUGCAAGCGCUGUCUCGACUUGAAUUUUUUCAUUCACUUCCGUUCCAUUCACACGAAGAGCUUCGUGGCAUUAGAUAUGAUUUAUGGGAAGCACUCAUGGAAAUUCGAGAUAAAACGGCGCCGGCACGCUCGAUCUUGAAUACCGAGCACGAUUCGCAGACGCUGAUCGCGAGACCGUGCACGUGAACUGUAAAAUAUCGACUAAUAAAGCUUAUCUAAUGUUUUGUAACAUGCAA